CAUUUCUCCACCCCGAUCUAUAUUACUGCAGAGCCGCCGAUCCCGCGGCUUGCAAGUCCGCGCAGCUCUCGCUCGCUACGGCGUCGCCACCUGCGCUCUGGCCCACCCUUUCAGUCUCUUAUCAAAAGCCCCCUCGGCCUCUUGUUGAAUGGUCGCAUGAGACGCCAUUUCCUAACCCCUGAGACUGUCGCAUUCUAGAUUCCAUUCGUUUGCCCACCCGUUUGCGCCGCGUGUCAUUCCGCCGUGACAGCUCGUGUUCGCCCGCCUCGCUCGGUGGCCAUCAUAUACCUAUACCUAUAUAUAUAGACUUACAACACCAAAGCGAGACGCGCGUAGUGUCUCUCCCUAAUAUACCAUGGCCUCGACCGCCCAGCGACCCUUACCCCAGCCACACAUCUCCGGCGAAUUCCCCGGCGACAACGAGAUUUCCUCAGACCCCGACCCCUCCUCGCUCCCGCAGGCCGUUAGAGCGAGAAAGGCUGAAUAUACCCGCCAGCAGACGAUUCGAGUCAAGGUGGGCACGUGGAACGUGGCGGCUAUUCCAGGCACCGAGAAUGACAUUGGGAAUUGGUUUGUACAACAAAAGGGGUUAUGCGAGCAAUUGUCUGGGUUACAAGUCCAUGACUCGCGGGGAGAAAACCAGCCGGCCGGCUCUUCGGCUGGCGAGACGAGGUCCCUGUCCGAACCGGCGCCGGACCAGGUCGACCUCUAUGUUCUCGGCUUGCAGGAAAUUGUGGAUGUCUCGUCGCCUGCGGAGGCGCUGAGGCCGUAUGUCGACUCUGCGCCUGCAAAUCGGUGGAAGGCGGCGCUCGAGAAGGCCUUGCCACCGGGCUAUAAGCUUGUCGCGGAGACGCAACUGGUGGGUCUAUUGCAGCUGGUGUAUGCUUCUCCCUCCCUGGCCAGCCAGAUCUCGUCCGCUAGUUGCACCAAUGUGGGGACGGGGCUUCUCGGGUACAUGGGCAACAAAGGCGCCGCUGCGACUCGUUUGGUGCUCGGAGAGACUACAUGCCUUGUCUUCGUGAAUUGCCACCUGGCGGCCGGGUCCGAUAAGAAUAGUCUAGAGCGGCGGAAUUGGGAUGCCUCCCAGAUUGUCACGCGGACUCGCUUCGAACCCAUUGAUCCAAUAACUAGCCUUCGGGGCGAUCCUGCCGAGAGUAUUGGACAAGAGGACUUUGCUUUCUGGUUCGGCGAUCUCAAUUAUCGGCUGGAAGACAUCCCUGGUGACGAUGUGCGCCGAGUGCUGGCACGUCACACAGAGAAUGACUACGAUAAUAGGCACAAAGGACGCAUAGAUGCCGAUGAUCGUAGUACAUCGUCGCAGGGAACUGCCAGAGAUGGGGGAGAGCGACAAUCAUCUUCCUCUUCCAGGAGGGAUAGCUCUGGCUCGAACUCACCUGUUUCGGACGACGACAUCGAUCCUCAUACGGAUCCCGCCUCUUUACAGACCACGAUAUCGUCUCUACUCCCCCAUGAUCAACUCGCAAUGCAGCAGAGCAAGCGCAAGGCUUUCCAUGAUGGAUGGCGCGAGGGGCCAAUUACCUUUUUGCCUACCUACAAGUAUGAUGUAGGCAGCGUGGGUAGGUUCGAUUCGAGUGAGAAAAACCGCGGGCCCAGUUGGUGCGACCGGAUCUUAUUCCGAUCGCGCAAGGACAGACUACGAUCUGAGAGAAUGGCGAGAGAAGCCGAGGAGGCUAGGAAGCGUGAUGAGGAGAUGAAGGCCCGGGGUCUGGACAAGGCGGCUGCUGAUGACAAUGUCUUAUUCGACUAUGACCCAGAUCUUGACGGAGCCGACAGCGGAGAUGAAUACGAUCCGGACAAGGAUUCCAAAGCAGGUGACUCGUUCAUGUCAUCCGAUGAGGCGGAUGAGUCGCUUCAUUUAGACUAUUACUUGUCUCACCAGGGGAUACUUUCCUCCGACCAUAAGCCCCUCGCGGCCGGAUUUACUCUCACGUUUGAGUCCGUGGACCCGCAGGUAAAGGCCAAAAUCCACCAGGAAGUGGUUCGAGAAUUGGACAAGGUGGAGAACGAGUCCCGACCAGGCCUCACUGUGGUGGUCGACCAUCAUGGCAGUCAGCCCACAAGCGAGGAUCCUAAUGCUGUGAAUUUUGGGGAUGUGCCAUUUGACGUCCCCGUCACUCGCACACUGACAGUCGCCAACACCAGUGGUGUCUCCGCCACGUUUACCCUGGAAAAACCGGAACAGAACGCGUCUCAACUGUCUGCCUCCUGGUUGGAGUACAGGGUGCUUCAUUCUGAUCAAGAUAACUCGAAACAGAAGCUGCCGUCGAAUGAAUGUUCUCUCCUACCCGGGGAGAUUGCGAAUAUCGAACUUACGGCGUAUGUUCGGGAUGUGGAGCUGGCACGAUUGUUGAAUCAAAGCAAACUCAGUCUUGAAGAAGUCUUGGUCCUCCGAGUAACCAAUGGUCGGGAUCAUUUCAUUUCUGCGUACGGCAAGUGGCUGCCGACAUGCUUCGGCCGCUCGCUUGAAGAGCUUACCAUGAUGCCUGAAGCUGGGGCGCGCAGCCUCGACGAGUCCGAGAAGCAGUCGAAGCAUACGGGCGUACCGCUAUCGGCGCCUCGUGAGCUAUUUCGAUUGACCGAAUGCAUAUCGGAGAUGACGGAACGCGCUGUUGCUGAAUGGAGUAUGACGAGAGGUCACUCGGAAGACGACACCGCUCCGUGGACCAAAGAACCCUUGGGCUACGGUUGGCCCUUUGAGCCGGAGACAUGGACACUAUGUGACCAGGACGAGCGUCUCUCACUGCUGGCAGCUGCUCGCGAGGCCCUCGACACCAACAAGGAUUUCAGUAUCGUGUUCGCACCCGAGGUAUCUUGUCUGCAUCGGCUCGAGAUCCUGAGUGAAACAUUGCUUGUGUUCCUUCGUUCGUUGAAAGACGGCGUCGUUACCAGCACUGUCUGGCACAACUUGGACCAACAGAUCCUCGCUCGCGAAAAAACCCGCGCGCCACCCUUGUCGUGGGAGGAGACCCAAGCGUGGGUGUUGGAGAGCCUCGCCUACUCGCCUGCCCACAGCGUAUCUUUUACUUUUGUGACAUUCAUGCUUGCUCGCAUCGCCAACGAAGUUGCCCCCGCAUCAUCCAUUCCCACCAGUGGCCCGCUCAAGAUUCUGUCUCCCGCGCUCGAAAACCGCAGUCCAACGGCACCAGAACCCCCUACCAAGGACUCCAGGAACCCCUCCCAGGCGCAGCAAGAGACGCAGCAGCAACGGGAGCAACCGCCGCCACCCCCCUCGUCCUUCAUCUCUGCCAACGCAUUCCGACGCCGCACGCGCACCUUCAACUCCUCCGUCUCCGAACCUGCCCCCGUCGUCUCGCAGAUGGCCAUGCGCCGUCAAGCGGUCGAAACUGCCCUGGCGACGAUCUUUGCUUCCGUGCUGAUCGCCACAGAGGGGCCGGUGCCCCCCAAGGAGAAGGAGCGGCGAGCCGUGGAGGAGCGCAAGCGGGGGAUCAUCGAGCCGUUCCUGAAGACGAUUGGGGUGGAUAGUAAGGGACCUUCCGGCGGUGUUCCCUGACGUUAAUGUUUUCCUAAUGCGCGUGUUUCAUGCCUGGCAUGUAUGUAUAUAUUGUAUAAUCUCCGAGUACAUAGUCAGAUAGUACAGCGAUAGAAUCCGGCUAUUUCGGACACCGUUCAGUUCAGCCUACAUUAUUCACAGCGUUAGUCAGGAUUGUUGCUCGAUUUCUGGCUUGUCUAUC